CGCUAUCUUCCAUGAGAGCUACUCUGAUGAGAAGCGGGAGGCCCUGAUUGAAGCCGCACAGCGGAGCAUUCGGUUUUGGUGCUUGCAUCGCUGGGCCAUGAGCAUGGUCAAGACUAGUGGGGGGGGGGGGGGGUUGAGGCAACCUCGGAUGCGAUCCUCAAGCAAUUCUUUACCGAUUUUGUCCUCCGAAGAACCAUGACUACCGGAAUAAUCGAUCCCAACGACCCCAGCAACUUCAUCUUCCCUCGAGAGCAUAUGCCUGCAUUCCGCUACAGAACCGAAGAUGUGCGAUACAAGGAGUUCAUGGAGGGGGUCGUUUCCGAUCUCACCAUGGAGUUUUUGAAGAUGCUUCCGACCCUCCCCCCCGAUGAUGACGAGGGCAUUAUUGAGGGCGAUGCAGCCAAUGUUCACGACAAGCGCGAAUCCCCAGAGGAGUCCAAGGGAUCUAUCAAUAUAAUAUUUCAUCGUAUCUUGCAGCUCCUCGCUAUGGACUAUAAGAGUAUGGUCCUGUGCUUGCGAAGGGAUGGCCUUUCGACUAGGUCUUCGCAGUCUGUCGCCAAUAUGGUUACUAGCGUUCGUAAUAAGGCCAUGGAGGCCUUCCUCAAGUCAGUUGCUGCCACUCUCCACAAUAAACGGAUUCCGCCGCCUGCUAGCGAUCGAAUGUCUAUGGUCACCUAUUGCAUAACAGACUCGCCUAUUUUGUUCCGCGCUGUCGAGCUUAUUCGCGAAAACAAAAAGGUCGGCAAAAGAACCCUGGUCCUUGUAUUCAGCCAGGUUAUGCAGCAAUGGAUGGUCGCCAUUCUGGAGAAGGCUUCGUUUUCGGCCUUGGGCGUUCGCGGUUACCAAAUAGACAAUGAGAGGAAUGCGAUAUACGCGAAGUUCAACGACCCCGACGCUGAUAUCGACGCUUUGGUUCUCAAUAUGGCUGUCAGCACCGUUGGCCUCAAUCUGCAAGGCGCCUGCACCGAAGGCAUCAUUCUUAUAGAGGGUUAGAACCGCCCUCUGACAUUCUAGGCCUUUGGGCGUAUUUGGAGAAUUGGAAAUAAGUGGCUUGUCACGUUUAUUAUACUCCGCGUCCCUGAUACGUACUAUGACGUCCUGGAAGACAAGGCCAACCGCAAAUAUGCCGAGCAGCUCCGAAAUGAGUGCAUCAUGCCCAAGCACUUUUCUUCGGUUCUGCUGUAGCGCCUAUUUGCCUAUGAGCUCAUCUCCUAGUACUUUGGUCUGCCUUUUAAUCGCUUCAUCUGGGUUCUCCUCCCUCCCAACUACAUUAGGGACUACAACAGCAAGGGCAUGAAGAGAG